GCGACAUAGCCAUUACGCUAACUGCUGGCCCCCAUUCCCUUCUUAGUAAGCUAAAAAGCAAGAUGUCUGGGGGCCUCUCGUGCACAUUGUAAUGGACACAUGAAUUUUCCUUCUGACUUGGUGCUCCAGCCACUGACCUUGUUCUGUUCCUGAAACAGCCUAUGUCUCUCCUACCUCUGGCCUUUCACUUGCUGUCCCUCUGCCUGGACACUCAUCACACUUCUGGUGUCCCAUCAGGUCUCAGCUCAGAUGUCCGCUGAUCGAGGAGGUUUUCACUGCUGACGAUGUCUUGAUGUAGUGGCUAGACCUCUGUUACCUGCUACCCCAGUACACUUACUGUCUUCGCGUCUAGGACAGUGCCAAGCUAACAAUAGGUGUUCAAAGAGAUACUGAACGAAAUGUACAAAUUGUGUCUCUUUGCUGGGUAUUUCAACCUACUCCAAGCACUCUCUCCUGUACAGACCCACUUUUCCCCCUUCGCUUUCCUGAGCUGUGACCUCUGACACAUCCCAGUUUCUUAGAACCUUAACAUACUCCUUCCCCAGCUGCACCCCCACUUGCAGAAUGGAUGACGUCCUCCUCCAGUGCUUUUUCUGUCGGCAGAUUCAGCAGGGCGGGGCCCACCCCUUUAAUCUGGGCCACACCUGCUCUGGUCAGACAGGUUUGGAGACACAGGGAGGGAGGGAGAGAAAUACUUGCAGAGCCAGCAGGCAGCUGGGCAGCACGUUCCUGGAUGCUGGGGACCCUCCACCUCUCUCCAGAUGGAAAGAUGACAUGACCCUGCGGUAGAGCCCCAAACCGAGGCCCCAGGAUGACAGAGCCGGAGACCCUGGCCCUGCUGGAAGUUAAGGGGCCUGAGGCCUCAGAGAAGAGUCCACCCCAGGCUUUGCUUCCCAAUGGCCGGCAACCAGAAGGGGACAGUGGGGCCGAGUCCCCCGGAGCUGAGACCCUCACAGUGGGGUCUUCAGUUGGGUCUCCCACCACCAGAGAGGAGGCCGAGAACGGCCUAGACAGCACAGUGAGCGAGGCUGCCACCUUGCCCUGGGGGGCUGUCCCCCAGCCCAGUGCCCCGUUCCCAGAUCCCCCCGGCUGGCGGGACAUUGAGCCAGAGCUGGAGUCAGAACCACCUACCAAGACCGAAGAGCCCCCAGAAGAUGAUGUCAAUGUGCUGCCUGAGAAGGCGGCCCGGGCCUUCGUACCCAUCGACCUGCAGUGCAUCGAGCGGCGGCCCCAGGAGGACCUCAUUGUGCGCUGCGAGGCUGUCGAGGGCGCCCGCCGGACCUUCCUGCCUCCCCGGGCCACCCACCCAGACCCCCCCGAGUGCAAGUGGGCAGAGGCAGUGGCCCGCCCCUCCGGCAGGUCCUGCAGGGGCUGCGGGACCUGUGGAGGGCAAGAGGGGCGGCGGGCCGUGGCCUCGGUGGGAGCUGCCCUCGUCUUCUUCCCCUGCCUGCUGUACGGGGCCUAUGCCUUCCUGCCCUUCGAUGCCCCACGGCUGCCCACCUUGAGCUCCCGCCUGGUCUACACGCUGCGCUGCGGGGUCUUCGCCACCUUCCCCAUCGUGCUGGGGCUCCUGGUGUACGGGCUGAGCCUGCUGUGCUUCUCUGCCCUCCGGCCCUUCGGCGAGCCGCGGCGGGAGGUGGAGAUCCACCGGCGCUACGUGGCCCAGUCGGUCCAGCUCUUCAUCCUCUACUUCUUCAACCUGGCCGUGCUUUCCACCUACCUGCCCCAGGACACCCUGAAGCUGCUCCCUCUGCUCACUGGGCUCUUUGCCAUCUCCCGGCUGAUAUACUGGCUGACCUUUGCGGUGGGCCGCUCCUUCCGAGGCUUCGGCUACGGCCUGACGUUCCUGCCGCUGCUGUCCAUGCUGGUGUGGAACCUCUACUACAUGUUCGCGGUGGAGCCCGAGCGCAUGCUCACUGCCUCCGAGAGCCGCCUGGACUACCCGGACCACGCCCGCUCGGCCUCCGACCAUAGGCCCCGCCCCUGGGGCUGAGCUGCUCCGUCCUCUAGUCCCCUGGGCUGGCGCGGGUGGCUCAGUGCCCUUCCCUCCGCCAGACGGGGCCUGGACUUUUCUUCCUGGAGUCCUGAAACCUUGGUGGGAGAAACUCCGCUACUGCCUUGACUUGGGUCCGGUGCAGUCAGAGCCUGGACCCAUUCCUAGCCGGUGUUGCGCUUCACCUUUUGAGCGGGUGACUAUCAUAAAGAAGGACUAAGUUUUCUUGCAAGGAAAGAGGUGGACCACUAUGUCCCUUAAGGAUGCUGAGCGCACAGGGUCAGAAGCAGGCAGAGAGGCAUGGUUCCUUCCUGAGCAGCCCCCACCCUUGCCUCUGGGGCUCACUAAUGCCGAACCCUGCCCCACUUCCCAGUUUCCUGUGACCAUGUCUAUGCAAGCUGUCUACACUGAGGGCCUCUGGGAGAAGGGCUCUUUAGCCUCAGGUAAGAUCGCAGUUGCCCCAGUCCAGAGCUGCUGCCUCCUCCCUUCCUACCUAUCUAGGCCCCUGUAACAUCCCUCCUCUUACCUACCCAGAAGUUACGCUCUCCCAUGGGAAGAGAGGAGAAAACUGGGAAUUCUGCUUCCUAAGAGGUGGGGUGUGUACCCACACAAGUGGUGGCUGGGAGUGGCUGUUAGCCCAGUGUGAGUGCAAGCGUGUGCGUGUACAUGUACAAUAAAUCAUGGCAGCAGUCUUCGCUGGCUCCUGCCGGCCCCCAGUCUCCAGUGUCCCUGCCUGUCCAGUGCAGACUGCCCCAGAAGCCUCCCUGUGCCACAGAUUGCAGGGUGUGGGCCGGAGUUUCGGCUCCAUGAC